GCACCCGCGUGGGGUCAGAGUCCGUCCUGCCCACACGGGACCGGCUUUGGCUGCGUGGCAGGGGAAAACCGGGCAGCUCUGGGACGUGCUGGGGGGGCGUCUGGCUGAGCGGCAGUGACCCGUCCGUGACGCCGGCUGGGAGCCCAGACACGGAGCAGCAGACGUGAGCACCGGCCGGGCCCGCAGGACGCGUGACAUCCCCUCGGCCACCCCACCGGGACCAUGCCCAUCCUCAAGCAGCUCGUCUCCAACUCGGCCCACUCCAAGCGGCGCUCGCGGGCCGACCUGACGGCCGAGAUGAUCAGCGCGCCGCUGGGGGACUUUCGGCACACCAUGCACGUGGGUCGGGCCGGGGACGCCUUCGGGGACACCUCCUUCCUCACCAGCAAGGCCGGGGAGCCGGGGCCGGAGGCGGGCGAGGAGCCGGGAGCCUCCAAACCCAGCCUCCUGUCCCGCCGCUUCCGCAGCAGCAAGCGCUCGCAGUCGGUGACGCGGGGUGACCGGCGGGACAUGCUGGGCUCUCUGCGGGACUCGGCGCUCUUCGUGAAGAACGCCGUGUCCCUGCCCCAGCUCAACGAGAAGGAGGUGGACAGGAGCGCGGGGCAGCUGCCCAAGAGCCUCUCCUCCAGCCCCGUCAAGAAGCUGCCGGAGGAGAUGAGCCCCGAAGAGCAGCAGCGCCUCAACGGGGCGGCCGCCGGGCCUCUGAGCCCCAGCUUGGACGAGCGCGACUUCGGGGACAUCACGGAGCUGCCCGUCGUGGUGGCCAAGAGCGGGGCGGGCAUGAAGCACGCCGAGUCCAUCAUGUCCUUCCACAUCGACCUGGGGCCCUCCAUGCUCGGGGACGUCCUGAGCAUCAUGGAUAAGGAGCAGUGGGAGCAGGACGAAGACCCCGAGGCGGAGGAGGUGGGAGCUGCCCUGCCCGGCUCCCCGGUGGCCUCGCAGAGCCAGAGCCCGUCCCGCAGCGCCGGUGGCCGCGGCCCCAGGGACAGCAGUUCGGCGUCCAGCUGUGCCUCAGGGCCGGAGGAGCGCAGCCCCCUCCCGGGGGCACAGAGCCAGCGGGGCCCCCCGAAGCGCCCCGACAAGGAGUUCUCGUUCGCUGACGACGACGACGACGAGAUCAGGGUAUAAGGCGGGCGGCCGAGCCAAGGGGUCUGGUUCUCAUUUGCGGUUGCUUGGACACGGGGACGGAGAACCCGAUGCUGGAAUCGACGGCACCGGGGAAGACUUAACUCCUCGCCCCUUCCCUCUCCCCUCCCGGCGGGCCGGUGCCCGUCCCGGUGCCUGUCCCGGGGUGGACGUGCGGCAGCAGGACAGCGCUCGCUCCCGGGGCUCCCCGCUGGCUCUCCGCCCCCAGGAAACCUCCAGCACGGCCCGGGAGAGGGAAGCAGACUCGAUCUUGGUUCUUUCCAUUGGACUUCGGAUGCUAGCGCGUUCCCCCCCCCGCCUAUGUAAAGCAAUAGGAUCAAACAAGAUGAGGCUUCGAAGCUGUAGCCCCUCUAGUAAUAUAUGUAUUAUUUUUUUCUGCCGUACAGUUUUUACUGCUCUCUGAUUUGUACCUAACUUUCUUUACUCCUGCUUUUGUUUUUUUUUAACGGAGGGGAAAUUUCCUAGGAGGAAGGACUUGGCUCUGGAGCUCGGAGCUCGGCACCAUGCGGAGGGCUGCAGGACCGCAGGCAGCUCCGGCUCCUGGCUUUCUUUGGGACUUCGUGCAGUCCGAGAGCCUCCGGCCUCGUGCUGCGGUGGGGACUUGCUCCCCACCCUUCUGAUGGAGGGAUCCAUCCCAGCGUUUCCGUGGCCAGCCACCCUCCACGCUCCCGGUUGUGCUGGGGACACCAGUGCCUGUCCCCAUGGGAGGGGUGCCCAGGACCCCCCCGGGCCGGGCUGAGCCCUCAUGCGGGUGGCCACAGCCCCGGGGCCGGUCUGGCUGGUGGCAGGCGGGUGGAAGAGGAGGGUUUUAUACCGUGUAUGUAAAAAAUGCGGAGAAUAAAAGGAAAUUGUAGUGACA